AUGUCAAUUGGCGUAGCUAUCAUCGGCAGCGGCCUCUUUGCCAAAGAGCAACACUUGCCAGCCGUCCAAGCAGCCGAACAUUUCACCCUAAAGGCCAUCUACUCGCGAUCCCUGAAAUCAGCCCAGGACCUCGCCAGUGGUGUGUCAGGCGUGGAUCUCUACUCUGAGGAUUCGGCAGCUGACAAGUCCUACGAUGACCUUCUGGCCCGGUCUGAGAUCGGUGCUGUGAUUAUUGCCCUUCCAAUCCUGGUUCAACCGGACUUCAUUCGCAAAGCCCUGCUCGCGGGCAAGCACGUCUUAUCCGAGAAGCCUAUCGCAAAGGAUAUCGCCACGGCGCAGGAGCUCUUGCAGUGGUAUCAGACAAACAUCGAUACUAGCAAGAUCUUCUGGGCGGUUGGGGAGAACUUCCGCUAUCUGACCAAGUUUAUCUUUGCGGCUAAGCAGGUGCGGGCCUUGGGGAAGGUUUUGAACUUUAGGGUUAAUGUUCAUAAUCUUGUCAAGGCCGAUAACAAGUAUUAUCAAACCGCCUGGCGUAAGACCCCCGAAUACCAGGGUGGAUUCCUCUUGGAUGGAGGAGUGCAUAUGGUUGCGGGUCUACGUCUGAUCUUGGGAUCUGAUGUGCAUAUAAGUACUCUCUCAGCGCACUCUCAGCUGCAGCAGGCUCAUCUCCCACCUGUGGAUACUGUAGAUGCUGUUGUCAAGACGGACACGGGUGCUACGGGUGUUGUUUCCCUGUCAUGGGGAUCGACGUUUAGUGAUCAAGUAUUUGAGUUCGCUUGUGAGAAGGGUGUGGUCACUUUGAACUUUGACGAUGUGACUGUCAAUGGUGUUCUGAAUACGAUUGAGUUUGACGGUAAAGGUGUUGCUCCUGAGGUGGCGGAGUUUGCGACUUCUAUCGUCAAUGGGAAACCUGCCAGUCGACAGUCGCCUCAAGAGGCAUUGGCUGAUCUUGAGGUUUUGGAGCAGAUGCUUCAGAGUGGAGAGAAGGAUGGAGAGAGGGCUCAGUUGCAUUUACAAUAG